CUCUCUCGACCCACUGUAAUUGGUUCCGGAAUCUGUCGACGUCCAAGGUGCACUUUCUAGCAUAGCUUUGUACAUGGUUCGCAGGAGUUUCUUCCAUGGCGAAAAUAGCAGAAGGGUCAAGAUACCAGCUUCUCCUCUCAUGUCCUUAUGGCCUCUCUCUAUCUCAGGUGUCGGUGGAUUUCUCGAAAUCUCAUGAUCGGAUUCAACAUCCAGAUCACGAUCUUGAAGAUUCUAUUGCACAGGCUUGGGAGCAGAGAACACAGGGCAAUUCGUCAUUGUUCAAUGGACAAAAAUUCAGAUUUGGAUCAUUUUGUUUAGAUGGUGAUGCUGGUACCAGCGAACUCCCACACGUCUGCCUUCGCCUUGGCCUGACUGAUUACAGGACUUUUGUAGGAACGAAUUUGAGCUCUCAGUGGGAGCAGUUCCUUGUUACAUCACAAGAUGACUGUGUAAGAUGUCGACAUACAUCAAGUCCAUUGGGUAAUGCUGCGGUUAUCGAGACUUCUGACCAGAAGAUUAUUGUGCUACGCCGGAGUGAUAAUGUCGGGGAAUUUCCAGGUCACUACGUGUUUCCUGGUGGCCAUCCAGAGCCGAUGUCAGUAGGAAUUGAUUCUCAUCAGCUUGAAAAAGAUGGAGAUGCUUUAAACAAGAAGGUGACUCAAGAAAUGUUUGACAGCAUUACUCGUGAAGUUGUGGAAGAAACUGGAAUACCAGCAUCAUCUCUUAGCACUCCUCUCUUUAUUGGAAUAUCUCGGAGGGAGUUGAAUGUGAGGCCAGCUAUGUUUUUCUUCAUCAAGUGUAGUCACCAUUCAGAUGACAUUCCGAGACUAUAUUCUAGUGCUGAAGAUGCGUUUGAGUCAACACAGCUCCACACUGUCUCUUUGGAGGAGCUGAAGACAAUGACAUCAAGAAUGCCAGGUUGCCACCAUGGUGGCUUUGCGCUCUACGAACUGUUGCUUCAACGUCUCAAGAGCACUAAUGAAACGCCUUUAACAUCGACCUAAGAGGAACGAACUCGACAAUGUAUGUUGGAUAAGUGAACUCAGUUGCUCAUUAGCAAUUUGACAAUGUACUAAUGGUAUUAAGCGCCGGGAUGUUAUGUUAUUA